UCCCUAGACCCCCAUUUCCGCUCCGGGGUAUACCUAGGCCUCGGCAUGUCCCACCUUGUGCUCAGUAUGAUGCCUGGAAAGCUCCUCCCGCUGAUGGAGCUGUUUGGGUACAAGGGCGAUAGGAAGUUUGGAUUAGAGUUGUUGGAGAGGGCUGGGGGAGGUGAGUGGUCGUUCCAAAACGCUAACAUGAAUUUAACAGACGCAGAAGGCGUCCGACGUGCGAUCUGUGAUAUGUCACUACUUAUAUUCCACCUUGUUCUCUCUGCGUUUACAUUUGAAGGAGUGGAUGUGCGUAAGGCUGCGAGGGUGUUGGAGUGGAAUUUGAAGAGGUAUCCGAAUGGCGUCUUCUUCCUGUUCGGUGCAGGCCGUCUCGCCCUCGUCCGUUCCCAACCCUCAAAAGCCCUCGCCUACUACGCACGCGCUGCACAAGCUCAGAUACAGUACAGGAAUUUGCAUCACAUUUCGUGGUGGGAGAGUGCCGUUGCUUGUUUGGGGCUUUGGAGAGUCGCAGAAAGCAGGUCGUGGUGGGGGAAGCUUGGAGGCGAGGCUAUGUGGUCUAAAGCAAUAUACACAUACGGCGAGGCAGCAUGCCUAGCCACGCUCAUCGAGCACGCACAAGCGAAGAAGUUGAUGGAGCGUGUCCAAGGGCUGAGGGAGAAAAUCGCAGGGAAGAGUAUUCCUAAAUCCGUCGCCUGCAAAGCCCGCAAAUACCUCUCCCAAUCCGACAAACUCCUUCUCCCAGCCCUAGAGCUCGCCUACGUAUUCCACGCGAUCGCCCAUGCGCCUAGGGAGGUUAUUGUGAGGGAGAUGAUUCCUGCUGUUGGUGGUGCUUGGGGUGCGGUUAAGAAAGGAAAUCAUAAGAAGCUGGAGUCGCGGAGUGGGUAUUGGGAUGAUGUCUGUCUUGCACGGUUUUUGGAGGGCGUAUGUUGGCGGUUUGUGGCAUAUCCGGACCCGGACGCUGAGCUCGAGCCUGACGAAAAAAUCCCGUUCUCACCAGAGGACGCGCGCGCGUACUCGGAAGGUGCAUUCCUUGCUGUCUUUGAGCACGGACCUGACGUUGAGUUGGACCACUAUAUCGUGUAUUUUGCGCAUUUUGAGUACGGAAGAUUGCUAGCGAGAUCAGGCGACAAGGAUGGCGCAAGGACUCAGUUUAAUCUUGUGAUGUCUGGAAAGCCGCUUGAGGUGAACGCUGCUGGACGAAAGAGUAAAUACAGUUUAGAGAACGCACUUCACAUAAGGACGAAUGCAGCGCUAGAAGCAUUAGAUCAGAACCGCCUGUUGUGA